AUGUUCUACACCGAAAGACUCAUGCUACGCGCCUUCGAGCCGGAAGCGGACACCAAUCUCUUCACCCAGUGGUUGAACGAUGUCGAGAUCUUGAGCGCAAUCUCCCUCCACCCACCAGUCCCCAGCUCAAAAGCGAGCGUGAAGAAGUUCAUCGAGCAGGUCUCGCAGAAGGAAAGCGCGUCGGGCCUGCCAUUCUUCGUCGUCUGCGAGAAGCCGCCUCCUGAGAACGGUCCAGUGUCCUUGGCCAAGCACGAUGACUACUUUUCAAAGGACGGCACAGCACGGUACCCGACGAUCGGAGUGUUCGUGCUGAGUAGUCAGGACAACAUGCACUUUGCGACAAGGACUGCGCGGUUUGGCAUUGCGCUUGACAAGGAGCAUCACGACCGUGGAUACGGUACAGAGCUCUUGCAAUGGGCACAGGCAUACUGCUUCAAGACUCUCGGUUGCCACAGACUGGAGCUCAACGUCGCCGCCUUCAACAAACGCGCUUUUCAUGUUUACGAGAAGGUCGGCUUUGUGAAGGAAGGAGUGAGGCGUAAACGAUGGUGGAUUGAUGGCCAGUGGGUUGAUGACAUCGAAAUGGCUAUGCUCGAGGAAGAGUGGUUUGCCAAGCAUCAGGAGUGA